UAAAGUGCAUGUUCCUCUACCUAUUGAUAAGGUGUCAGGUUACAUGGCUCACAGGCAGAGGACCCUCCCAGUAUCACGAAAACUGAAAAGACACGGCAUGUCAAGUCUGUGUGUGUGUGGGGGUGGGGGUGUGUGGGUGUGUGUGUGUGUGUGUGUGUCUGGGUGGUGACGUAGCAGCUGCUGAAUCUGGUUUGGUAGAAUUUUUGAGGGGAGGGCGAGGGAGGACACGGAGAGGAAUAGUUUAAACUAGUUUUCACUGAACUACAUUUAACUCCAAAGCUGUUUAUCAAGCUUCUCCUGCUGGUGUCAUCCUGCUUGGAUUUGGAUUUCCUACUUGGCUUCAGCACUAGGCCCCCGUGCAGGAGCAGCAGCUAUGAACUGGUCAGGACUUGAGAGCUUGUUGAGCGGAGUCAACAAAUACUCCACUGCGUUCGGGAGGAUUUGGCUUUCCAUGGUGUUUGUGUUCCGUGUCAUGGUGUUUGUGGUGGCAGCGCAGAAGGUUUGGGGCGACGAAAACAAAGACUUUGUGUGUAACACGCGGCAGCCCGGCUGCACCAACAUCUGCUAUGACCACAUCUUCCCCAUCUCCCACAUCCGCCUGUGGGCGCUGCAGCUGAUCUUUGUCACGUGCCCGUCCCUGAUGGUGAUGGCUCAUGUCAAAUUCCGCGAAGGAAAGGACAAGAAAUACGAGGAGCAGCACCACGGCUCCCACCUGUACGCCAACCCCGGCAAGAAGAGAGGGGGCCUGUGGUGGACCUACCUGCUGAGCUUGGUCUUGAAGGCUGGAUUCGACAUGUCCUUUCUGUACAUUCUGUACCGGAUAUACCACGGAUAUGACUUGCCCAGGCUAUCCAAGUGUUCGCUGGAACCGUGCCCCAACACCGUGGACUGCUUCAUCAGCCGCCCCACGGAGAAGAAGAUCUUCAUGUUGUUCAUGGUCGUUUCCAGCGCGGUGUGCAUCUUGAUGUGCUUCUGCGAGAUGAUUUACCUCAUCGGCAAGCGCGUCGUCAAAGAGAUGAGGCUCCGCAAGAACAACGAGAUGCUCCGGUUUGCUGAGGAGCACGAGCUCACCAACAUGGCCCCACCCAGGUCGCAGUAUCGCAGGGUCGAUCCAACGCUGACAGACAGCCAGCUGAGUUUAAACAAGGCGGACAGGGUCAGAAACAGUGCUAUGAGUACGAACUUGUAGGAGUCUAGUGGCCGGGUGGGCAGCGGGGGUUAGGGUUACCGAACCGUGAGGUGGUUUCCAAUUGGUGGACACGUUACAGGUACACAGCACAUUUCAGAGACUCUAAACUGGUGUUUAAACGUUCCUUCUUCUGUAAGGGGGGAGAAAUGCUUUGACUUGUUUGUAUUUUCACAAUCCCCUUGAGGCGGUCGCUAAGAACAGGAAUUGAGAGUCUCAAGACUCGGCUCCGCCUUCGGCAGUCCACACAUGGUGCUCGGGCACAAUUGCGUCUGAUCUGGGGUUUUGACAAACCGGAUCCGAUUGGUCCGUUCUCGGGACUCCAAAUGCGGGAAGGCCGAGAAGAUGUAUCAUGUGAUAUUUGAUCUUGCAAUUCUCAACUGGAGCAUUGUUUCUCCGAGCUGCAAAAAUGCUCUCCAACCAGAAAAUCAGGGUUAAAGUCGUGUGGCGUGAACGAGGAGAGAACGGGACCGAACUACUGCUGUUGAGCUCCACAUCUAGAGGACAAGGCCACCAGAUGAACUUUCACCCCCAGACACUACUUCUGUUCGGACUAUGGGUCUACUGGAAUGACCAGUUCAAAUAUAUUUUUUUAAGCCUUUUUUUUAUUGAUCCACUUAGAUCUAUAUUUAAUUGAUUGUCAAAUAAAAAUGCUGAUCAAGCCCAG